CAUGCUGUAUUGCAUUCUGGGAGAGCGGAAGUAACUUUUCAUACACGAGCCUAUCUUUGGUAACAGCAAACUGCCCGGUGGAAGGGUCUUAAUGUUUUUUUUUUUUUUUUUUUUGUAUUUUCUGCCUGCUGAAAUUUUUUGUCUAGAAAACGUAUAGUUAAAGCAAGCCAUUGAUGUCCAUUCUGUGCUAAUUUCAGCACUUUCAAGCCUGGAAGCUUAUUUACUCAGUUUCUUGCCUACUGUUUCACCACAUACUUAAGCACGAUUGUUGCGGUUUAGAACUUCAGUGUUGAAUCUGUAAUCGAGGACAGCGAAUCUGCUGCCAUUUGGCGCCGGUUACAAAAGCAAUAGAAAAAAGAAACUGGCAUGCUUUCUUUGAGAAGGAACUGAGGCUACAGAGUGAUAUUUACUCUUAAUUUCGGUAACUGGAGGCACAGCCGGCACUGAGAGGACUCCGGAUACGGGGGACGCAAAGAGAAGAAGGGACUAAACGCAGAAUGAGCUACAAGCCUAUUGCGCCAGCCCCGUCCGGCCCCAACCACACCCCGCCAGGUUCUAGUGUUUCUUCCCUGUCUCCCUCUCUCCCUUCCUCUUCCACCUACAGACAGGUGUUUAAUGACUUUGGUCCCCCUUCAAUGGGCUUUGUCCAGCCAGUGAAAAUUUCUCAGGGGUCCACUUACAGUGAAUUGCUGGCAGUCAUCGAGGAGAUGAGUCGUGAGAUCCGGCCCACCUAUGCUGGUAGCAAGAGCGCCAUGGAGAGGUUGAAAAGAGGUAUUAUCCAUGCUCGGGCGCUUGUCAGGGAGUGUUUGGCAGAAACGGAAAGAAAUGCUCGCUCAUAACACGCCACAUUAUCACACAUCUUCUCUGAUUCGUCAUUCUCUGCUCCAUACAAAUCAAUGCUGUUAGUGUGGCUGUUUUUAUAAACCUUUUUUUACAGUUGGUUGAUAUAAAUAAAUUGUUUUUCACUCA